GCCGCGUCGCUUUCAGCCAUCGCGUUUCAGUUACGCGUUGUUUACGGGCGCCGACGGUGGGCUCGCGCACGCAGCAGCCCCAACUCCACAUUGAUGACUGUGACUGUGACUGCCGGCGCACAUUACUGAAACUGUUUUUCUGUUCGUAACUGGCGUCCGGACCGUACGGCGUGGCCCACGAUGAGGAGGAACGUCAAGGUUUUGUUGCUGUUCUCGGCGUCGUGGAUGUUUGUUAUUGUUUACUAUCUGCAAACGACCGCCGAUUCUAAGACUGAAAACCGAGCUCUGAGACUUAAAGACGGCGUGACCAUGUCGUCGUAUGUGGACGUAGGGGGCGGCGCCCCCGGUGCGAACGUUCCGAUGGCCCUGCAAAGUUUGGAGACGACUGACGGCCGGCUGACGUGGAAUUACUUCGAUGAGUCGGGCUACAUCAGCAGGGGCGGCUUGAGGGAGGGGGAGGAUCCGUACGUGAGGAACAGGUUCAACCAGGAGGCCAGCGAUAGUUUGCCCAGCAAUCGGGACAUCCCCGACACACGGAACGGAAUGUGCAGAAAACGACGCUGGAAAACAGACUUGCCAGCUACAAGCGUCAUUAUAACCUUCCAUAAUGAAGCUAGAUCAACACUCCUGCGUACCAUCGUUAGCGUUCUUAACAGAAGUCCAGAACAUCUCAUCAAGGAAAUCAUCUUGGUGGACGAUUUUAGCGACAAUCCGGCCGACGGCGAGGAGUUGGCGAAGAUCCAGAAGGUGCGGGUGCUGCGGAACGAUCGGCGCGAAGGCCUGAUGCGGUCGAGGGUACGGGGGGCGGACGCGGCCACCGCCUCCGUGCUGACGUUCCUCGACAGUCACUGCGAGUGCAACGUCGAUUGGCUCGAACCACUUCUGGAACGCGUUGCGGAGGAUCCGACCAGAGUGGUUUGUCCAGUAAUCGAUGUGAUUAGCAUGGACACGUUCCAGUACAUUGGGGCUUCGGCAGAUUUGAGGGGAGGGUUCGACUGGAAUCUCGUCUUCAAAUGGGAAUAUCUUAGUUACGCCGAAAGAGAAAACAGACAACGAGACCCUACUCAGGCAAUAAGGACUCCAAUGAUUGCUGGCGGAUUAUUUGUGAUAGACAAGGAAUAUUUUGCCCAUUUGGGCAAGUACGAUAUGAAAAUGGACGUGUGGGGUGGCGAAAAUUUGGAGAUAUCCUUUAGAGUUUGGCAAUGCGGAGGCAGUUUAGAAAUUAUCCCGUGUAGCAGAGUUGGUCACGUCUUCAGAAAAAGACAUCCUUACACAUUCCCAGGAGGAAGCGGAAACGUUUUCGCAAAGAAUACCAGAAGGGCUGCUGAAGUUUGGAUGGAUGACUACAAGAAUUUCUAUUACGCAUCAGUGCCUCUAGCUAAAAAUGUUCCAUUUGGAGAUAUUUCAGAGCGAAUGGAAUUAAGAGAACGGCUGAAAUGUAAAUCCUUCAAAUGGUACCUAGAAAAUGUAUAUCCGGAACUAUCCAUUCCCCAUUCUACAGCUUCGAAAACAGGUGAAUUGAGACAAGGUAUUUACUGCCUGGACACAAUGGGUCACCUACUGGACGGCAGUGUCGGUUUAUAUCAAUGUCACCACACUGGAGGCAACCAGGAAUGGAGCCUGACAAGCGGUGGACUGAUUAAACAUCACGACUUGUGCUUAAGUCUUAUGAAUUACAUGAAGGGUUCGCAGGUUGUGAUGAGGAUUUGCGACGGUUCGGAGAACCAGAAAUGGCACAUGAUUGAGCCCGGCGGUCUUUUGAGACAUUCCAGGUAUCCGUUGUGCUUGGACACGAGGUAUACCGAUGUCAAGGGUAUAACGGCGGAGAGAUGCAAUAGUAAUUUAGAGACACAAAGAUGGCAAUUGAAUAGCAGAUCAUAAAACUACUCUUUUGUUUAGGAAAACUGAGACUUAACAUUUCUGAUGUGCAGUGAUCUAGCUUUAAGUCAUUAGAGGUUGAUAUUAAUGGAAUGGCAAAGGACAUUUGAUUUGAUUUUUUUUGGAAGAAUACAAAUAUUCUGUAUAAUUUCCAAAAAAAAAUUGUAAAGUUACCGUACAAACCAAAAUGACAUUGUUUUAAACUACAUUCUAUUUGCAUGAAACUAUUUGUUACAGUAAUAUUAUUUCUAGAUAUUAAUGUCAUAUUAUGAGUUUGCUAAAUAUAUGAAAUAUGUAACAGUCAUUUUUAAUUAAGGAAUUUUGAAAUUGAUUUUCCUCACAAUUAUUUUAAAUAGUUAUAAGCGAAAUAAUACUCAAAGCCAAUAUGGCCAGUGACAUUUUCACGUUGUUUCAUUUAAAAUAGGUUUUUUAUAUACAAGUUGUGAUAUACUUUUAAUGUAAGUUAUUUUUUACAUUUUUUUAGAGAAUAUUCGUGUUGUAGUCGAAAAAAAUUUAUUAUCCACACAUUUACAUAACAUUCGUGUAAAUCUGCGAAAAAAGUUCUACAAACGGGUAUACAGUAAUACCAGUUAAAUAUUCCCAAAACCUUUUUAUUCAAUGAUUUUUCCUUUUAGGCAACUAAUUAUAUUGAUAGUAAAACCAUUGAAUAAAAAAAUAAAAUCAGGUAUAUUAUUAUUGAAAAUAACCUUGAAAAAUAUAUCUACCCUUAAAAUGCUUUAGUGUAAGAUAGAUAUUGAUCUAGACGCAAUUUUGCACCUCUUUAAUUUUUUGAAAUUAUUAUGUUUGGUAGACAAUAAAAAUGUUUAAAUGAAGACUUCCAUAUGAUAGUUUGUUUUUAUUAUUCAUGUUGUAUAAUUCUUUUGUAUAUACGUGUUAUUUUGUACUUAAUAGAUACAUAUAUUUGUAAAUAUAGAUGUGAAAAAUUUUUGUAUUAUAAUUUAAAAUAAAAAUAAAUUAAUAUAUCAUA